GCCAUCCCCAUGGCGCCCCUCCACAUGUCGGCCAUCCGCCGCACCCCCGUCAGUAUACAAGGCACCCCCGCUUCCCCUCGGCUUGACCUAGCCCUCAUUCCCCCGCACCCCUUCCCCCUCGCACCGUUCUCUUCCUCCCCGCACACACCCGAACCACCACCGCCAUGGCCGUCGUCAUUCGCGCGCUCCCUGUCAUCCUCGAAGCCUGAGGUCGUGCCCCUGGACUCCGUCGUCGCCCGCUACUUCCUCUACUGCCACCCGUUGGAGCUCGGAGCCACUACAUCGCCUGCAUCGAGUGAUCUUCCACCUCCGGCCGCCGCUCAUCGCCGCUUCGAUUUGUCACCUCCAAGCCUUCCCCGAGCUUGCUUUGCACCUCUACAGGUUCGAGACGUUGGAGUCCAGGAGCCAGACGCCACUGUCGAUGACGACUGCUACUACUCGGGAGGUUCAACUGGCCGGACUCCCUUCUUCCUGGUUUAUGGAGCCGAGGCCGUGCUGUUGACUGAUUUGCUUCAUAAUGCCCCGCGAGUGGAGCUCUUCUCAGAAGCAGAAGCAGAACAAGCUCGUUAA